AUUAACUUUCCGUUUUGAACCCCGUCCUGAAGCUCAUUAGUUCCCGCGGUAGACCGGACGGUUGAGCGUACAAGAUGAGCACACGAGUUCUGGUCGGAGUUAAACGGGUCAUUGACUAUGCUGUCAAGAUCCGAGUCAAGCCAGACCACACUGGAGUCGUCACGGAUGGCGUCAAGCAUUCCAUGAAUCCCUUCUGUGAGAUUGCAGUGGAAGAGGCGGUCAAACUCAAGGAGAAGAAGCUUGUCAAGGAAGUUGUGGCUGUCAGCUGUGGCCCUCAGCAAGUUCAGGAGACGAUCCGGACCGCUCUGGCCAUGGGGGCUGACCGUGGCAUACACGUGGAAGUUUCUGGAAAAGACUACGAAUCGCUCGGUCCUCUGCAGGUCUCCAAGAUUCUGGCUGCACUUGCUAAGAAAGAGGAGGCCAAUUUAAUUAUACUGGGUAAACAGGCUAUAGAUGAUGAUUGCAAUCAAACCGGUCAGAUGACAGCAUCACUGUUGGACUGGCCCCAGGGAACAUUUGCAUCUGAGGUGACCAUAGAUGGAGAGAAUAUUAAAGUGGUGAGAGAAAUUGAUGGUGGACUGGAGACCAUCAAGAUUAAAAUGCCGGCUGUGAUAACCGCUGACCUCCGUCUCAACACACCCAGAUACGCCACACUGCCCAAUAUCAUGAAAGCUAAAAAGAAAAAGAUUGCAAACGUGAAGCCUGGAGACCUGGGAGUGGAUGUGAGCUCACGGUUGGAGGUGCUAAAGGUUGAGGAACCUGCACAGAGACUAGCUGGAGUCAAAGUGGAAACUGUGGAUGAUCUGGUUAGCAAACUGAGAGAGGCGGGAAGAAUAUAAAGGAGGCAGAUACAGGAAGGGCAGAGCAGAACACCAAUGAAGGUCAAAUCCAACUUCUCUCAGACAUUGCGGCCAGUAAAGUUGGUGUCGGCCCCAUCAUGAAUCCGUAGUUUACUACGUAGUAUCAGCUCUCUUGUGUUUUAAUCUUCUUUGUGUUAGUGUGUGAAUGCUGGGAGACGCUGUUCCUUUAAAAGUCCAUCCACUCCAGCGAUGGGAUCACCAUCACAAGUCCAUAAAUAUUGUAGCAAAGAGGCAAAAUAUUUGUUCCUGUACUUUUGAAUGCACUAAUAAGUUAAUGUUUCAUUGUAUAAAUAUGAUUGGGUGUCGAUCCGAACGGACUUUAUCUGUAUUGCUGUGAUUUGUUGUGUAAUAAACAUUCAUAGCAGCAUGAAUAAGUCACAUGGUUUUGUGACUCUCAUCAGGUUAUAUUGUUGUUUAAAGCUAAGCAUAAUUUUUAACCGAACAGCGUCUCUCAGCAUAGAAACUGUAAAUCUGAUUAAAAACCACAAGCGCCUCUGGAUGUGUUUUGAUUGUACAGUAUCAUUCAAUGACAAUAAAAAUAUGUAGUUUUUUCAUAUGCA